AUGAAUAAUGAUCAUGAUCAUGAUCAUGAUCACGAUAAUAGUGUUACCGACACAGUGACGGCUGAAGCUUCUUCUACUGCGUCCGGCAGUCAAUCACAUGAGGAACAUAAUGAUAUUAGUACCGAGACGAUUGAAGAAGAAAAUACCAUGAUAUCGACAAUUGAAGACAGGAAUAUUGAUACGAAUGAUAAUGAUAAUGCAAACAAUAAUGAAUCCAAAUCUCAAGUUGAAGAAGCUACCGAAGAUCAUUGCGAUAACGGCGACAAUGAAUCAUCGCAAAAAUUAGAAUUAGUUAUUAACGAUGACAUCACGAGUAAUAAGACCACGGAUGGAAACCUCGAGCAAGAAAUUCUUAUUUUUGAAAAAACUACAUUGUUGAAGAAUUUACCUGCAGAAUUACAUUAUACUUGUUGUGACUGUUAUGAUCAACAUAUUUAUUUAGGUACAAAAACUGGUGAUCUUCUACAUUAUUUUGAAAUUGAACCUAUGAAUUAUAUUCUAAUAUCAGAAACUAAGUUAAAUAAUAAUACUAACUCUGAGAACACCUCUUCCAACAUCACAACUAGCAAUACUGCCUGCAUAGAUAAAAUCAUUAUAUUACCUAAGAUUGAAAGAGCUCUAGUAUUGGCUGAUGGUAAAUUACAUUUGUUUUUAUUACCUGAAUUUGCUCCAACUCCGAAUACAAUGUGUUUACAAAAUGUUGAAACAAUUGCCCAAUAUAACUCUUCCCCUACUACUGCUUCUUCUUCAUCAUCAAGUUAUAAAAUCUUUGCCUUUUAUAAGAAUAAAUUUGAUUUCAUUAAAGUCACUCAAACAAACUUUAUGUUAUUAAAAUCAUUUAAUAUUCCAAAUAUUAUCAAAGCAUAUUCACAUCGAUCAAAUUUAAUGGUAGCAAGAUCAAAUAAUUAUGAACUAAUAAACCUACAAAAUUUUGGAAACACCACCAAAACAGGUACAAGUACAAGUACAAAUACAAAUACAAAUACAAAUACAAAUACAAAUACAAAUACAAAUACAAAUACAAAUACAAAUAUAAAUGAGAAUAUCAUCCCAUUGUUUAGAAUAAGUGAAACAAAUGGACAUUCUUUACCUCCAAUAAUUGAAUCCUUCAAUAAGUCCGAAUUCAUGGUUUGUUCUGGUGGUUCCAUAGAUGAUAAUUCCAUGGCUUUGGUGGUAAAUCAUAAUGGUGAUAUAAUUCAAGGUACAAUAAUACUAAAUAAAUUCCCCAAUCAUCUAUUGAUUCACUAUCCUUACCUCUUGGUAACUUAUCCAACUGAUCCAAAUCAUAUUUAUAUUUAUAUGUUAUUGAAUCCAGAAAAUGAAGAAUCAAAAUUGAUUCAAAAAUUACGAAUAACAACCCAUAACGAUGCUAAGGAUAAUAAUGAUGAAAAGCAAGCGUUCGAAAUUGUCAAGACUUUUAAAUCGUUCGCAAAUCCAAACCCAAAUGAAAAAGAUAAAUCCGAACUUGUUGAAAAAUUAAGAUUGAUACCGUUAAUAAAUAGGAAUAAUGAAUUAAAUAUUGAAAGUGAAAGAAAUUAUAUUCAACAAUUGAUUAAACAAAAAUCCAAUCUUAUCCUAUUUGAUAAUAAUAAUCAUGAUAUUUCAAUUCUUUUCUUCAAAUCACCAUUACUUAUAUCGAAUCUUUCCAAUAAAUUCGAUGAAAGUCAAAUUGAAUUGAUUGAUAAAUACCUAAAAAAUACUAACAACAACAAUACGACCAAUAAUAAUAAUGAUAAGUAUAAAAAAAUUGAAUUUAAAUUCUUAACCUUACUACAAUUAUUAUUGACACUACUACAUUCAAAAACAAUCGAUGAAUUAAUAUUAUCAAGUUGGUGUUUUAAAUCAAAAUUAAUUGAUAUACGAAUACUAUUUUAUAUACUGGAUUUGAAAUUAUAUGGUAAUCUUUGGAUAUUUAACGGAUUAUCAUCAUUAAUUAAUAAUUUGAAAAUUUUAAAGUUGAUUCAUAAAUGUGAUAUGGAUUUAUUAUCACUUUUAAAAUUUAUUAAAGCUAAAUUACAAAAUUUAAAUGAAAAGGACCAAGAUAGUAGUAGUGGUAAAAAAAGGAGUAUGACAAUCCCAGAUUUUAGAAACACAAUUAAAACUAUUGAUAUUAACAUCUUGUUAACAUUGUUAUCUUUAAAAGGUAGUUAUAAUAAUAAUAAUAAUAAUAAUAAUAAUAAUAAUAACGUCAUCGAUAAAAUAGAUAUUGAGUUUUUUGAAUAUGAAAAUUUGGAAGAUAUUAUUAACGUAAUCAUUCAAGAAAAAAGUAAAGAGGAACAUAACGAAAGAGAAGAGAUUAUUUUGGACAAUUUAUUAUUAAAAUGCUAUCAAAGAAGGAAAAUGUUUCUACAAGUGAUUGAAACUUUCAAAAAUCAAAAUCGUUUAAUGGAUCUUUUCCAUUAUAUUGAAUGUAAUAUUAAUGAAUUGAUAUCUCCAUCCAACAAAGAAUAUAAUAAUGAGAUGCUUAUGAAUGAUUUGAUGUUUAUUAUAAUUAAAGAAAAUGAAAUUGAAAGUGAGAACAAUCAGUUUAUAUCAAAAGUUAUUAAACUUUUAAAUUCAAUAAAUAUAGAUCCUCAUCAACUUAUUUCCAAAACAGCAACACAAAAUAUGGACGACGAGGGUAAUGAAAUGAAUAUUAAAUUGAAAGUAGCCAUAGUAGAAGAAUUGGGGAUAUCCAAUAAUGAUGAUGAUAAAGGAUUUUUAAUAAAUUACUAUUUAACAAAAUUGGAAGAAACCAUAUUAAAUGAUGAACUUUGGGUUAAAUUUAGUAGAUUUAUUAAAGAAUAUAAAGAUGAUUUGAAUUAUAACAAGAUUAAUAUUGGGGAUUUUUUGAAGAUUAAAAUAUCUUAUGAUAAAGAUUUUGCGAAGUUUAAUAAAUUUUUAAAAUCAAUUAAGAAUUUAUUCCAACAUAAUGGUUCUUCUAACCUUGCUAAUGAAGACAGUAAUAAUAACAACGAUGUUGUUAACAAGAAGUUAAAACAACAAAUAUUUAAGGAAAUCGAGAAAUUUGAUAAAAACCAUAUCUUAUAUUUAAUAUUCCUUAAAGAAAUAUUAGAAGCAGGAAAAGAAGAAGAUGUUUCCGAUCUUCAAUAUGAUAGUGAAACUCACCUUGAUAUCUUAUUGAAAUAUAACGAUUAUUUAAGUAUUGAAUCAUACCUUACAUCUACCAAUUUUAUGGAAGUUUUAACACAUUAUAUUUCAAUGUCAGGGAAAGAAAAAGUUGAUGCGAAUGAACAUGAACUCCCGAAAGGGGAAGGUACAUCAUCGCCAUCAUCAUCAUCAUCAUCAUCCCCGUUAAUAAUUGAAAUAGUGGUAUUAUUUUUGAAAAGAAAUAAUCAAUAUUAUAAUGAUGAUUAUAAUCAAUUUAUUAAGAUAUUACAUAUGAUACCUAGAAGUUAUCCAUUAGUGUCAUUAUUUGAAAUAAUUUUCCAAAUUUUAAAAGAUGUUGAUUUUAAAGAAAAUGAAAUUGAAUUAAAGAAGGCACUAUUAAAAAAUGAAAUUAUCAAUAUUAAUGACAUGAGGACGAAUUUGAUGAGAGAUGAUGAAAAAAAUUGA